GAGGAAGAAAAGAUGAAAUACACAGAGAUGGCCCGUAAGUGGAAAGAAAAUAAACUUCCUCAGAAGCCAGUGAGAGAGGUGCCUAAUCUGGCUCAUCCAGUUCCUGCUUGUCUGACCACAAAGACACCCAGAAGUGCUUCUCUUCCAGAUGCCUCUGCUGUGUCUUGGAAGAAUGAUCAGGCUGUGGUUGCAGACAUCAUCUACUUCCUGAACAUUUACAGCCAUGGGGAGCUGCUGUCUCACUGUGAGCAGCGCUUCCUUCCAUGUGAGAUUGGCUGUGUCAAGUACUCCCUAAAGGAAGGCAUAAUGGCUGAUUUCCAUCACUUCAUAGAUCCUGAAGUACCACCACGUGGUUUUCGGUACCACUGCCAGGCUGCAAGUGAUAAUACUCAUAAGAUCCCUAUAUCUGGAUUUGAGCUGUCACGUGCUCGUUACCCAGUUGUCUUACGUGAACUUCUUGCCUUUGUCCAGCCAUCUGGAGAUGUUUGGCCUCGAUUUUACUGCAGGUGUAAUGACAGAUACCGAAUCAGCUGGUGCCUCAGACGAAUGGCUAGCGUAUCAGGCAUUGAGAGCCGUCUGGAGCUUCUUAAUGUAGAAGACCUGAUAGUAGAACUGUACUGGAAGAAAUAUCAAAAAGAGCCAUCCAGGACUUGGGUGUGUAAAGAACUAGAUGUCUUCCUGUGGGAUUACUCCAGCAAUACCAGGUGCAAGUGGCAUGAGGAGAACGAUAUACUUUUCUGUGCUUUGGCAUCCUGUAAGAAAAUUGCGUCUCAACUUUGAUAAACUCCGAGCAUUUAGAGUUGGCAAGGCCGCUGAACAGAUUGGAGAGAUUUUUUGAAAAAGAGCCUACUAACUCCUACUACUUAAGAUGGGAACAAAGCUGGGUCAAGGUCAGUAAUCUCCUUUCUCAUCUUGGGAGCCCACAAGGAUGAGGUUCUUAAGUUUAUGCCUCCUUUAAAGACUCUAAGACAAUAACGAGGUCUUUGUGACUUUAUCCCACGGCCUUCAAGAAGAGACAUGAAGGAUCUUUACUCUAGCUUACACACUUUUGGUUUUGUUCCCAUUUAACAUUUUAACUGAACCUGAUGAAUAUAGAAAGUGACAGAAAUGCCAUCAGCGUACACCAUCUGCCCAUACUUCAUCUGGUAAUUCAUAAUUCUCUACAUGAAAACUUUGAACAUUCACUGAAAGAUGUCGGUUGCAGUCACUAACAGAUAUCAUACCAGCUUGGUAAGCUUGCCAUUAUCCUCUUCACAGAAAUGAGAUUUCCACUAUCAUUUGUACAGUUUCUGUUCCCUCGUUUCUCCUCAAUAGUUUCAAAACCCGCUUGCUUGAUUUCAGCUGACCUUGACAGAUGGGUAGCGAUCUUAAAGGUGUGAAGUUCCUUUCGGUUUCAUAAAAAUCAGCAGCUGGAAGAGGAGGGAAAUCUAAACUGAUGGUACCUCUUGGGCAUUAAUCAUUCUCUUCCAUUCCAAGAAUCUGUGGUUGAGCAACCAAUGCAUGCUAACUAUUGUCUGUCUCAUCUUUUGCACAGCCGAACAGGGAACUGUGGAAUAGAGGGAAGUCACGGGGGCAAGAGCUGAUGGCCGCAUGAGGAAUGUUUGUUGUGCUGUGGACGGCCUGGACUGCCAGACACACAUCCAUUGGAAAAGAGGCUUGUUAAUACCACUGCUCAUGUAAUAACUUGGGUAGCUUGGGAUUUUGUCUAUUUUCCUAACUUCAACAAAUGGCUAGUAAGAAAAAUAAGUAGACGGAACUUGCAGAAUUAAGCUGAAAACAAUGCUUGUAACAGUUGAUUCUCAAAUACCUAGAGCAGCUCUGAGUUUAGUAACCUUACUGUCUAAAAGAUGGUAUGUGGUUUUUGUUAAUGCUAAAGAAAUGCAUUAUUUUCACAUACAUUUGUCAUUUAAAUUGUAGAAGUAAUAAGGUAUGUCUUCUCCAACUGCAUUGGAAUGUAUCUUGUUCCAUUAUGCUGGGGAGGAGUGAGAGAGACUGGCUGUUGCCUAGUGGUCUGUAACUUGGAAAGGCUGCCUUAAUUGGUGUCAGUGCUGAAAUAUUGGUGCUAGCUUCACUGUGGGAAUAGUUUUACCCUGUCUCUAUCAGCCAUUCAGUUGCAUUAUAAGUAAAUAAGUUGGUGCUGAGAUUGAUAAUGCCCUUUUUGUUUUGGAGACUUAGCUAAGUAAGACUGUUUUCCCAGCAUAUGCUUCACCAUCCUGAUGAUUACAUAAAUCUCAUAUUAAGCCACUUGUUUAGAUGCACUUUAUUUAGUGCUUUUGUUAGUUAUUUAGGCCUAGAGUGGAAAGGGUAUUAAGGCACUUAAUUCUGUCACUCCUUCCUCACAGUUCUUUGUUCUGGGUCUCAGGAGUUCUUGAUAAAUGCAGGAGGCAAACGUGCAAUUUAUCUCUUGGAAGUCUGUAGAUCUGCCCUUUCGCUGAUGGUACCCAAACAGAAAGACUGAGUCCACUGACAAUUUUAAGAGAUUUUAAUUUUAAGUUUGUUUUUGUGUUGACUUUCCUUCCUUGUCUAAUAUGAGCUGCAAAACUCAUACCAUAGAUUCACUAAACUCAUAGACAUGGACAUCACAGUUAAAAGCACUGCCAUAAGUAUCUGUAACAUUGCCAAAGCCUUGCCAUAAGCCUACUUUGGCUCACACAGGCCUAUGCCUUAGCAUAGGCUGACGCAUGUGGACUUCCUCAUCACUCACCUCUUGUGCAAUAUAAACCCUUAAACUCUUGUUUUUGCUGAUAGCUACAGCUGUAGGAAAUCUUUUUGCUGAUUUUUGGAGAUUAUUAUUAGCUCAUUUAAAUGAAACUGCUGUUGACAUGAAAAGCUUUGAUACAAAACUAGGAUGGCUUCAUUGUCCUGCCAAAUAUACAUAAUCUGAUAAGGUGCGUAUAUAAAAGCUAAUGAGGAUUAAUGUAUAGGUAGCAUAAUACUAACACUAGAAAAGACAGUAACUCCUCUUUAAGAAGAGAGAGGAAGAACCUUCUAUGAAGAUCUCAUCUCCUCCACCAAGAGGACAGCACCUGGCCAUGUUCAGUUUGGAUGAAUCUGCGAACAGGUAUAUUGAUCACCAAUGACAGAUAUCAAGCCAAUUACAUCUUGUUAUUUUCUUUGAAGUUUCUGUGCUAUAUAUGCUCAUUAGCAAAGAUUUCUAGCGUCCUUGCCUCUUGUUUUGAACAGUCAUCUUGUUCUCAUAAAGCAACAACUUGUAAUAAGCAGUGAGGAAGAGCUGCCAGUCUACUGACGGGCCAUGUAUUCUCCACAAGUUUGUAGCACAUGCAGAUGCUGUCUGCAUCUCUACAUGUGAACAGUCAUGGUGGGCACAGCAGGGCUUUCAAGUCUCUCCAUCAUCCACUGCUGCAGUUGUAUCCUGAAAGAUGCAAGAACAGGAUUUUCAGAAGCAGCUGAGUGACUUACAAGCUGGAUGUCUAUGGUAUGUGUGCUUCUGCAACAUUCUGAUGCUUUGAAAACUCAAUUCUCCAAUAAUAAGGGUGCUCAUAGGCAGACUUCCUGAGAUCAUUUCCUGCCUCAAGUGGUAGCAGUUAAUAAGCACACAUGCUGCAUUGCAUUGUAGAAGUGAUAGAGGCCUAAGGGCUUUCUUGGCUAAAAAUUGCACUGCGCAGAGGAGACAGCUCUAGGAUCAAUACAAGCCAUCCUCUUUUGGUACAUGAAACUAUUAGGAUCUGUCCAAACCUGUAAUCAGUAAUCCAUUUCUCCCUUUGGUGUGACACCCACGAUGCAGUAUACCACUUUCUCUUGUUCCUGCUUGCCCACUCCAGUAACUCAAUUAAAUAGACAAGUCUGGGCUAUGUGUGCACAAAGACAUGAGUGCCUGAUUCAUGGCUCUUCCCUGCCAUGAUGUGGCAUCCCUGCAGAUGUGUCCCCAUCCCCAUGUGGGGAUGUAACAUUGAAGUAAGAGGCAAGGAGGGAUGCACCCCUCCCCUCAGCAUUACACAGUAGCAAGUGUAUCUGUGGUAUGAGAUAGGUUAGUCCUCUUUUCUACUUCCAUUCUUCUUUGCUUGUUUGUGAAAGAAAUCAGCAAUCAGAUGUCAUCGCAUGAUUCGGAACAGGAGCCACUAGUAAGAUAAAUAACACUUAGGCUUUCAUCUGGUUCUGCCCUGGACUGUCCUGGUCUGUGAGCUUUGCUGGGGAGUCAGCCAAUUGGCAGUGGAGGUUUUUUGUUUGAAAACACUUAAGGGGAGGAUGCAGUGUUCCUUAUUCUUAACUCUUCUAAAAAGGAAGAUCAGCUAAUGUCACUUGCUGCUAGUGAGUUUGGAGUGGCUUAUCCCACACUACAUUUCGCAAGGACCUUAAGAGGUCAUACCAGCAUUUCAGAUUGUGCCUAGUGGGCUGCCAGUGGCCUGGGAGCUCCCUGCGAGCAGAGGUUCAUUCUCUCUGGCUCUGGAUGGUU